GAAUAUAGCAAAUCAUUGUUAGAAAACCGCCAAACGGAGAGCUUCAAUUUUCGGUGAAAAUUUUUGCGGUAGAAAUUUAUGAACCGAAAUCAGUCCAAACAUAAAUAAUUAACCUUAACACACACCAAAAAAAUUAAAUUUUCAAUGAAAUAUUGGCGAUGUGAUAUGAUAAGUUCCGAGCCUUGUGCAUUUGUGGGACCCUCUCACGAGUGCACGGCGUCUGUCGCGUCUCGAAAUUGGGUUUUGGGGCUAGGCAUCUGCACAGGUUUAGCUUGCCCCCGUCCUUAUCUCUACUGGAACCUCAAUGAUACUCCUAGCCUUAAUUUUAAGUGUAGUAAUCCAUCCCCUUCCUCCAUGAUUAAUAGAUGGCCAGUGGAUUUUAGAACCGUGGUGAGACGAGUGAUGGGGUUAUAUAAGGGACGAUUCUGAUUCAUGUUGCCUGAAUUUUCUCAUCCAUUUCAAUGAGAUGGUGAUCUGAUUGUUCUUGUUUCUUGCCUUCAUACUCUGUGUGAAGUUGUGAAAGUAAUCUUGCCCGUUAUGUCCUAAAGACCUUGUUUUGAAACUUGGUCAUUUUCUGAUAGUCUGCACUUGUUUAGACUUGUUACGUGAAUAGAAUUUUUGUGUGCUCUUUUGCCACAAUUGUGAAAUCUGGGGAGUUGCAGAAACUUUUGUUAUUGAUCCUGUUAGUCUUCACAGCAUAGCUGGUGGAGAAUUUGUUCUGUUUGUCACAUGACUAGUGGAAGAUGGGCAACCCUCUACUUUGUAAGAGAUUCAAGGUUAUUUUAGCAAAUGUUGUGUGUUUUCUUGAUGUGUUUUAGGAGCUGGAUAACUUGGUAAUUCCGUUGCUCCUUAUGUUUCAGUAUUCUUCCAAGCAUUCAUAUUUGUCACUGAUUUUAUUCUGUUGCAAUUCUUGAGAUUCUUACAUGUCUUUUGAUGGUCCUAGCUUUUAACUCUUGUUAAUUGCUAAAAUAUGUCUUUUGAUUCCAAUUGCUUUGUUAAACAUGAGCUUGUUUAUUGGUUAAUCUUGUUGUGGCAGAAUGUAUAAAGCAUCCAUGCACUU